CAUACAAAAACUGAAUGACAUAAACACAUUCUUUACUAUAUCAUAUGUUCAGAUCAAUCAAACCACCACCAAAACCCUAAACAUCACUCUCUCUUUGUCUCUGUACUUUGAGUUCCGUCAAUGGCGACUCCGACGAAAAUUCGCGAGGCGUUCGAGUCAGUGUACUCGGUGAUCGCCAUAGUGUUCAUACUGGUGGCCUGCGUGGAGCUCGGGGACGCCGUCGCCGUCGUCGACGUCUACCGCCUCAUUCAGUACGAUCUCGCCGGCGCUCCCUUCGGAUCUCGCCUCGCUUCCCUCAAUCACCACGCCGGCUCUUCUCUCUUCGCUCCCGGCACCGAUCUCUCCCGUACUGUUGCCAUGAUUCCCGUUCGUGAAGUUAACGUCACUUUCAUUCGUGAAUAUAUUGGACAGAGACGGCCAUUAGGGGGUUUAAUAUUUUUACUUCCUCGGAUGUUUAGUCCUGAAAACAAAGACAGCAUGGAUGAAGGUGAUCAAAACUUUGGUAAAGAGAUGAAGGACAUAUUGGUGGAACUGGAACGGUUACUUAUACAUGCCAACAUUCCUUAUCCUGUGUAUUUUGCUUUUGAGGAUGACAAUAUCAAUGCUGUGUUAGCUGAUGUCAAGAAGAAUGAUGUUACUGGUCAGCCUGCUACUGCAACCACUGGAGGAUACAAGCUCGUCGUUUCAGCACCAGAACCUAGGAAACUUGCAUCUCCCACAAUCACAAAUAUUCAGGGAUGGUUGCCAGGAUUGAAAGCAGAUGGAGAUUCAAAUCAACUCCCAACCAUUGCCAUAGUAGCAUCAUAUGACACAUUUGGGGCGGCUCCGGCUUUAUCAGUGGGAAGUGAUAGCAAUGGAAGUGGUGUUGUGGUGCUUCUUGAAAUAGCUAGGUUAUUCUCUCGUCUAUAUUCAAAUCCUAGGACAAGAGGAAGGUACAAUUUACUUUUUGGGCUAACUUCUGGUGGACCUUACAAUUACAAUGGAACCCAUAAGUGGCUUCGAAGUUUUGAUCAACGUUUACGUGAGAGUAUUGAUUAUGCUAUCUGCUUGAAUAGUAUUGGCUCAUGGGAUAAUGAAAUGUGGAUUCAUGUGUCUAAGCCUGCAGAAAAUGCCUACAUAAAACAAAUAUUUGAAGGUUUCUUGAAUGUAGCAGAAGAAUUAGGGCUUCAAGUUGGUCUCAAGCACAAGAAAAUAAAUAUUUCUAAUACUCGAGUAGCCUGGGAGCAUGAACAAUUUUCCAGGCUGAGAGUUACUGCAGCGACCCUUUCUGAACUGUCUGUUGCACCUGAAUUGCUAGAAAGCACUGGGGGUUUGUUUGAUAACAGACAUUUUGUGAAUGAAGCUGCAAUUGUUAGAAGUGUCAAGUUGGUUGCAGAGAGUUUAGCGAGGCAUAUCUACGGACAACAGGGAAAGAACAUUAAAAUAUUUGCAGACAAUAGUAGUUAUGCUGUCAAUCCUUCUUACAUAGUAUCCUGGUUGGAUCUUUUGUCACGGACUCCUCGAGUGGCACCAUUUCUCUCAAAGAAUGACCCAUUAAUCAUGGCAUUGAAAAAGGAAUUAGCAGAUCAUACAGUUGACGUGAAUUUACAGCAUGAGGUGCUUGAUGGGAUGUUCACGUUCUAUGAUUCAACUAGAUCAAGGCUUAACAUUUAUCAGGUUGCCAGUGUUACAUUUGACCUGCUUUUGCUACUAGUUUUGGGAUCGUACCUGAUAAUCCUCUUCAGUUUUCUUGUUAUCACCACCAGAGGUCUUGAUGAUCUCAUCAGUCUAUUCCGCCGUCCUCCGUCUCGUAAAGUAAAAACUGCUUGAUGAUGGUUGCAGCGAGAUAUAAAGGUUGAAGUCUUCUUCUGAACUGCUGAUCGUCCGUGUAGCUUAUACCUGGUCCACCUUUGAGUGAGUUCAUUGACGGUUUCUUACCUCAUGUACGUUAAUAUCUUUUCACGAGAGAUAUCGUUUUACUGUUUGACCUUUAGGUAGAUAUUUAUAUAUUUUGAGACAAUUUUAGCUGCCCAAAAAAGAGAAACAAUUUUGUUGAGAUAUGUCAGUUAGCAAAUGUAAUCUUGUUUCCGGCUUUUUCUAUGAAACACUUUAAGGCUUGUUUUCUUGCA